GUGUCGACUGAUAGACUUGAGAGAGGCGGUUGCUGAAUGGUGGAAGCGCCAUGUAGACAUAUAACGUGGCAAAAUCUCUGCAGUCGGAAGCAAAAGCUGUUCCGCAAGCCUGACCCGAUCACAACGUUAAUUCAAAGACGCAUUUUCACAAACGAUUUGUCAGUACAAGUUAAGCUUACAUGGGUGCGUGACCUCUUUCGCACUGCUUUGUAUGAUUCGCCCAAUGAGGAAUGUCUUCGCCACCCUCAACCGUCAUCGCCGUGUCACAUUGCUCUCCACUGCAGUACACCAUGGUAGAGUUGUUGGCACCAUGAUGCGUCAUUCUAUUUCUCUGGAAGUUCAGAUGGAUAUUGGAAUUGCGAGAACACAGGAUACUUGGCAUCCUGCAUACUUGUUGAAACGAUAUUGGUUUUCUACAGGUUUCAUCAGUGUGCAUGGGGGGCGGCCUUCUGCAGAGUAUGCAAAGUUGAGGAAAGAAUCAUUGGAAAGUGAAUUCGGUCAUAUAGUUGGAACACACAGCUCAAAAAGUAUUUCUGUUUUCUACCGAUUUGGCCCGUUUUUGGCUUUGUAUAGAGCUGCAAUCAUUUCAUUUCAUGUAUUGAAGUUGACCAUUUGGCAAUUCGUUUUUCGAGACAUAAAAGAGCGCGCUUCCAAGUUUCGUGAGACACUGAUUCGGUUGGGUCCUUUCUAUGUUAAGCUUGGGCAGGCUCUGAGCACUAGACCAGAUAUAUUGCCACCUGUGUAUUGCCAAGAGCUUGCCAAGUUACAGGACCAAAUUCCCCCAUUUCCCACCCAUAUUGCCAUAAAAUCUAUUGAAACUGAACUGGGUCUUCCAGUUUCAGAAAUUUUUUCCGAUAUAAGCCCAGAGCCUAUUGCAGCAGCAUCCUUAGGACAGGUGUAUAAAGCUCAUCUUCAUUCUGGAGAACUUGUAGCUGUUAAAGUACAGAGGCCUGGUAUGUCACUCUUGUUGACCCUUGAUGCCUUGUUAUUCCAUAUGAUUGGGGGCCAAUUAAAGCGGUUUGCAAAAGCCCGCAAAGAUCUGUUAGUAGCCGUAAAUGAAAUGGUAAGGCACAUGUUUGAUGAAAUUGAUUACAUCUUGGAGGCAAGAAAUGCUGAACGCUUCGCCUCUCUUUAUGGUGACUAUCCUAGUAAGGACCAACCUUGUAAUCAAAAUGCGAAAGAUGAGAAUACCAUCAAAAACAAAAAUGCAAAGGGAAUAAAAGUGCCAAAAAUAUAUUGGGACCUGACACGAAAAGCUGUGCUUACUAUGGAAUGGGUAGAUGGAAUUAAGCUUACAGAUGAAACUGCCCUAAAGAAGGCAUGUCUAAACCACAGGGAGCUGAUUGACCAGGGAGUAUACUGCUCUUUGAGACAAUUGCUUGAGGUGGGUUUUUUCCAUGCUGACCCACAUCCAGGAAACCUUGUUGCUACUAGCAGUGGCUCCCUUGCAUAUUUUGACUUUGGAAUGAUGGGGGAUAUCCCUCGCCAUUACCGUGUAGGACUUAUUCAAGUGCUUGUGCACUUUGUUAACCGUGACUCUCUGGGAUUGGCAAAUGACUUUCUAUCUUUGGGAUUUAUUCCUGAAGGAGUUGAUAUACAAUCUGUGGCAGAUGCAUUGCAGGCAUCUUUUGGGGAUGGGACUCGACAAUCUCAAGACUUCCAGAGUAUAAUGAACCAGUUAUAUGAUGUCAUGUACGAUUUUAAUUUCUCUCUCCCCCCGGACUAUGCUCUAGUGGUAAGAGCUCUUGGUUCACUGGAAGGAACAGCUAAAGCUCUUGAUCCUGAUUUCAAAGUUGUUGAGAGUGCAUACCCUUUUGUGAUUGGGAGGCUUUUGGAAGAUCCAAAUCCUGAUAUGAGAAAAAUUUUAAGGGAACUUCUCAUCCGUAAUAAUGGAUCCAUUAGGUGGAACCGCCUAGAGCGCUUGGUAGCAGCAAUAUCAGAACAGUCUUCUGAAUCAUCCAAGGAGUCUCCUAACUCUGAAGAAAAUGGUUCGCAUCCCUUAGAAUGGAGGUCAUUUGAUAUGCAUGCUGUUGUUGCUGCCACAGAAGAUCUUUUACUUUUCAUUCUAUCUGAAAAGGGUCUAAUGGUGCGGGUUUUCCUCCUGCGCGAUAUAAUUAGAGCCACUGAUAUUUUUCUACAGGAUGAAAUUUUGGGUUGUAGGCUAGAUGCGAGAAGUAAAGCAAGGAAAACUUCACAAUCUGAGGAUCAUGCAAUUAUCACAAGAGUUGUUAAUGGGUUUCGCUCACUCCAUCAAGCAGUGAAGUUGGCCCCAGAGGAAUGGACAGCAAUGUUCAUCCGCAUUGCGAUGAAGCCAGAAACCCUUAGCUUUUCUCUAGACAUCAUAUCCGCCUUGUUCUUGCACCUUAACAACAAAUUUUCAGAUACUUUUUGGGUUUGUAUGUCUAGACUAAUUCACGAGUUUGGCAAAAACCAUGGACCUAACGAUCAUAUUAGAUAAUCUAUACUACUUUUAUGAGUUUUGUAGCAGAAAUAUUUGUUUGGGCCCAGAAUUUUUGCGCUGCGAUCUGAAUGAUUAAUAUUAAUCUAUGUUGUGAUUAGGUGUAUUAAGUAUCAACCCCUUCCAAUAAUUUAUUAAGGCGUAAGCCCCCAACCCUCCCUUAUAUCAUUGCCAUUUGGCAGCUGAUGCGGUCUUCCUUAUAGAAACGCAAAGAAAAGGGUUCGAUAUCAACGGGAACCAAAGGCUCAAAUUGAAUCUCAUUUAUUACGACGAAUGACAUGUCUUACUCGCAUGCUACAAUUCCAAUGAUUUGAUGCAAAGGAAAUGGAAUUCAAGAAAUUAAAUCUUUGAUUUUAAUUUAUUUGUUUUAAUUUUUUUUUCUAUUCUUAUGUUACGUUUUUUAAUUAAAAAAAAAUGAAUUCAAGAAAUUAAGAAUAAUAAGAUGUGUUAGCAAGAUUUGACACCACAAUUAUUAGUUUAAUCAAAUCUCAAUUAUAAAUAUGAAGACAAGUAACAGCAA